AUGCCAGCGAAAACGAAACCGACCCUCGUACAGACGCUGCUCAACCGCCCGUCCCAGUCGUACGCGACGCAGAUACAGGCCGAGUCUGGACCCAAGAAGGAGUAUUACUCGACAAAGCAGGAGAUGCUGCGUAUCGCCGCCGCUGCCGCCCGGGAGGCUGCUGAUGGUGGUGAUGGUCAGCUACAGCGAGUGCACGGACGCAGGCGAGAACGAGGCAAAGAAGACUUUGAAUCGUCUUCCAGUAUGAGUACAAGCACGCGGAUGAGCGAAAACGACCGGAUAUCAGCCGCCUUUCAUCCCCCUUCGUCAACCUCAACUUCAACGUUAUCAUCACACACACUGGCGAAACCACUCUACAGGUCCACAGGACCUCCACCUCCACCCCGCCACCACCACCAAAACCACCACCACGAGGUCGACGACGACGAGGAGGGAGACGUGGACUCGGACCUCGAAGAGGUCUUUUUCACACCCAACACCUCCCCGCGCACAUCCAUGGCCUCCUCCGUCGCCACACUCACCUUCCCCUCCCUAUCCGCCCGCAAGCCAAGCCGCAGAUCACUCACAGCCGCCAGGGACUCGCACUCGCACUCGCACCUGCCACUCCAGCUCCCUGUAGAUGCUCCCAGUGCCAGUGACAGUGCUGGUGUUAAUCCUACACCGCACACUACCAAAACGCCACAGGCGUCUCUGCCUCAAGGCCCGCACGCGGCAGUCCCCUCCACCCGCACCCCCUCCUCCUCCUCCAUCUCCCGCGCGCGCCAUGCACACGUGUUAUCCACCGCAUCGACGUCGACGAUGUCCGUGUCCUCGACGAGUCUCGAUGCCCACUCCGUCUUUUCGGGGUUUGUGGAUUCGGAAGAGUCGACGGUGACGGUGCUUACGAGUCCUUAUCAGAGUGAUGAAAUGGGGAGUGGGAGUGGGGGUAGGGGGAAGGGCAGGGCGGGCGUGCCUGUGCCUGUGCCUGCGACGGCGACGAUGAUAAAGGGCGAUAGAGGUGGUACUGCGGGCGCGAGUGGGACUGCGACUGCGACGGCUACGAACGGGCGGGCACGAGGCUACGCGCAUCAACACGUUGAGCCGGAUAAGGAUAAUGCAAAGGGAAAGGUCAAGGCAAAAGAAGUAGAAAGAGAACGAGCAAAGGAAGUGGAAAACAAAGAAAGGGAAGCGAGAAAGACGACGCAGCCUGAUGCGGCGCGAUCGCGCGCGAAUCCGUCUACCAGCGCCAUAGCCAACGCUUCCAACUCUAAGCAACAAGCGGGUGCACCGAGCGCGUGGGCGGAGCGGUCGGCUAAGAUCGCUGCUGCUGCUGCUGCUGCGUCGAAAGCGGGUGCGGGUGCAGGUAAAGUGGAUGCGGGUGCGGGUAAAGUGGACGUGAAGCGGACAACGAGCUCGGGGAGUGCGAGUCGGGAUGCGAAUGCGAAGGGGAAAGAGAGAGAGCGCGAACGCGAGCGGGAGAGGGAGAAGGAGAGGGAGAGGGAGAAGAAAGGUGUUGGCGCUGGCGCUGGCGCUCCUCGUGUAUCUUCCCAAAGUCAAAGUCAUGCCCAAAAUCAAAGUCAAGCGCCGCAAACACCUACGCAGACACCUACGCAGACACCUACGCAUCGCUCAUCACAACCGCCGUCCACAUCGACGUCGACAUUGAAUCAAAGUGUACCAUCGACGAAAACGUACCCCGGUUCUCCUUCCUCUCCUUCCUCUGCUUCUCCUUAUUCACCUUCACCUUAUUCACCUUCUCCUUCUCAGUCGGCUUCAUUGUCUUCGACAACGACGCCGACGACGACGAAGAAGCAACCACAUACGUUUUCGGCGUUCGCUGCGCUUCCUGCGUCUUCUCCGGUGUCGGGGUCGGGAUCAGCGUUGGGGUCGGGGUUGGGGUCGAGUUCUACAAAAGGCGCUGGGAAGACGAAUGGGCAUGCGUCUGCUGGUGGUGUUGGUGGACCUUCAACCCCUUCGUCGGGAUCGAAAUCGGCGUCGAAGGUUAAUGGACACGCAGAUGCGAAUGGAGAUGUAAACGCAGCGGUACCCUCUUCUUCUGCUGGUGCUGGUGCUGCGCCGUCUUCGGCGGCGGCGGCGGCGGCGGCGGCGCGGUCGUCGUCUGGUAAAGCUGUGUCUCCUGUGCCGACUUCGAGUUCGGCUUCAACGGCGACUUCGACGGCGACUUCGAGUGCAACGCGCCAGCAACAAACUCAAAAACAACCCCAAUCUCAACCCCAGUCUCAACAACCCCAACAGCAGCCUCGGCCCCAACAGCGCAAAAAACCAGCGGUAUAUAAACCCCCACCGAGCACUAUGCUAGGCAUGGACGCGUUGCUUGAGGAAGACGAGGACGAGGACGCGGAUGCCGGCUUCGACGCGUACGCUUAUAAUGGGAACGCUUAUAAUGGGAACGCGGAGCGAGGGGAGGGGGAGGGGCGGUAUGAAUGGAGUCCUAGUUGGGAUGAGGGGUUAGGUGCUGGUGUGGGAGUGGGCACAGGAGGAGGGGGAGGGGGAGGGGGGAAGACGUUAAGGCAUACGCGCGGGCGGACGGCGCAGGGACAUGGGCAGGGACGGGACGCGUCGUCUUCGUCUUCAUCUGCGUCUUCGCAUUCGAAUUCCCAAUCUACCGCAACAGCACGGCACCCAAAAACCCAAACCCAAACGCCCAAAACCCAAACUCAAACGCAAACGCAAACGCAAACACAAACACAAACGCCAAAAACGCUCUCCGACGAAGUCCAAGCUUUGCACACGAGCUUCGGGCCGCCAGGCGGGGACAGACCGAGUUAUGGGACGCAGGGGUACAGCGCGCUCGUGCUCCCGCGCGCACCUGCGCCUUUAUCGCUUUCCCUUGCCCAUCUGGGCGAUGACGGCGGUGGUGGGGGUAACGCGUUUUUAGGCAACGGGCGUGGGCACACGAACGGACUUGGUCUGGGACAUGGAUGGAGGAACGGACACAGACACGCAACACUAAAACCGCUCUCCCUAAAAACACUAACCACACUCGCGCUCUCGCCCGAAGGACGCGUGGAUCUGACGCAGAGCGGGCUGGCGAGUGGGACGAUGGCGAGUGUGGAGGUUGUUAGGGGGUUGGCGAGAGCUAGAGCGGGUGGUGGGGUUGGAGGGGUGGGGGGUGUUUUGGGGUUUAUUAGGAGGCGGGCUGGGUCGGGCGCGGGGGUGGGGGUGGGGAGGAGCCGCGCAGCUAGUGUUGGUGUUGGCGCUGGUGGUAUAGCUGCGAACGCGAACGCGAAUCCAAACGCGAACGGCGCGAUCCCAAGCACAAGCACGAUGACAAGCCCACUAAGCUUCACAUCCUACCGCGCCCCGCCAAACUAUGUGCCGAGCGGAAGCGUGCUUGUGCAGGUGUGGGCGGUGGGCGUGGAUGGAGUGGAUGGGCGGCUUGUUGGGGUGCGGUUUGGUGCGGGUGGAGGAGGAGGUGGGGGUGGGGGUGGUGGGGGUGGUGGUGGUGGAAGAGGAGGAGGUGCGGGUGCGGGUGGUGGUGAAGGAGGUGUGGUGCAGGAUGAGGGAGAGGAGACGGAGCAAGAAACGGAGAUGGAGACGGAGACGGAGGAAAGACGCGCUGGCGAGACGGAGGCAGAGGCAGAGGCAGAGCCUGAUACGGAGGAGGAGACGGAGGAGGCGCAGUAUUAUUCCACUCCACCGCCUAUGACCCAGCCGCAGAAGAAAGGCGGCUUCGCGGCGCUUGGGAGGUCGUUGAGUUUGCGUUUGUCGCGCGGGAAUGGGAACGGGAACGGGACGGUGAAGCAGCAGAAGGACAAGGAGAAGGAGAAACCGAAGAGGUCUGCGUCGGCUGUUGUUGGUGCUUUGCGCGCGGGCGGUAAUAAUGCGAGUGCGAGUGCGGGUGCGAGUGCGGGUGCGAAUGGGAGCGCGACGAUGCGUGGGCAGUCUGAGCCGCCGCAGACGCCUCCGCGGCAUAAAGACGGCGCGGGUGGUGGUGGUGGUGGGCAUAAGCGCUCGUUGUCGUUCUCCCUCAAGCGGGGUACUGGCAACGCAGCGUCGUUAUCGUCUCCUGCGUCUGGGAAGUCUCAGGACCAACAAGGGCAAAAGAAAAACAUACUGAAAAAAGAGAAAACCCGACUUAAGAGAGCCCAGACGGUGAAAGCGGAGGUGGGGUAUAUACCUGGGAGAAGCUUUGUGGGGCGGGUGUUGGAGUGUGGGUGGGAGGUGCGGGAUGAGGUUGUGAGGAAGGGUGAGUGGGUUGUUGGGUUGUUGGAUGUUAGGAAGGCUGGCGCGCUGGCAGAGUUUAUCGUCGUCGAUCGUCGGCGUAUCCAUAGGGUGCCGCAGCCUAGCGGUGCGGGCGAGGAUGGUCGACCCAUGUGGGCCCCCGCGGCAAGUUCGUCACCGACGACGAUCCCGCUGUCGCUUGAGGAGCUCGCGCUGUUGCCGCUGUGUGGGCUCCCUGCGUAUCGCGCCGUGCGCACGUUUUUGUAUGCGUUUUCGUCUGCUAGAGAUCGGGAGGGGCUCUCGGCGCCUUCCGCCGCGCUCGACUUUGUCGGCAAUGGGAAUGGGAACGGGCACACGAACAACAGCGCCAUGCGCCCGCCCCUUUCACCUCACAACUCAUCCACGCGGCGCGGCACACUACCCGAACACGACGCAGACAGACGGCGCCGCGUGCUCGUUCUGCGCGGGCACGACGGGGCCGGGGCGAUGGCGGUGCAGAUGCUCGCUGCGCGCGGGUGGCGGGUGAGCGUGCAUGUGCCGUGCUCGGCGAUGCCCGUGCGUGCAAGGGUGGACGGGGCGGUUGUGGACCGGUUUAUGCAGGUUACGGAGGAGAGGGCGAGGGUGUGGGGUGCGGAUGAGAUUAUACAUGAUGAUGGUGCGCCUGGGGGCGCUGGUGCUGAUGUGGGUGUGGGAGGGGGGUAUGGUGAGGGGUAUGGGGAUGGGGACGGGGAUGAUGGGAGUGCGGCGGCUGUGAGAUUGAUGGAGAUGAUUAGAGAGGAGGGAGAUGUGUUUGAUGCUGUACUUGAUACGAUUGGCGGGCGCGAGGUGAGAGAGGCGGCGGAGAGGCUUUUAAGGUCCCCUGGUGGGAGGAGGGAUCAUGGGCAGUUUACGACGCUCGUUGGGGAUGCGCCGCAUCGCGUUGUGCCGAGCGCGGGCGAUAAUUUUAGGGCGGGGUUGCGUGCGCUGAGAGUUGGCGGUGCGGGUGCGGCGGUGGAUUCGGUGGGUGGUGGUGGUGUUGAUGAAAGCGCCGGUGGAGGAGGUAAAGUGGGCUAUGCGUGGAUAAGCGUCGCGCAGGAUGUGGAUUGGGAAGGCGUAGAUGUGGGCGAGACGCUGGGUACUGUUGUGAGGCUUGCGAUGGAGGAGGGUCUGAGGCCUGUUUUGGACGAUAUGGAGUAUGAUGCCGAGGAUGCGGGGGUAGGGGUAGGGGUAGGGGUAGGAGCGGGAUCGCGGGCGGUGCGGUUCGAGGAUGCGCCGGGGGUGUUUGUGGAUGAUGGACCGUUGCGCGAUGGCGGGACGGUUGUUGUGCGCGUUGCGGUGUGA